CUUUGUCUGGUGCGAGACCAGUAGCAGCGUAAGCAUCAGGCACCCAUGCACGGCUUAAGUUUCACCGUCCGCCGUGUUAAAAAAAAUAGUUUCACCAUCUGCCUAGCCUAGCACUGACGCACGCAUCUCGCCCUCAUCUCUCAUGGCACCCCAGCAGCAACUCCUCCUCCUCCUGCUUCUCCUGGCCACGCCGUUGCCGCGGCCGGCCGCCGCCGACGAUGGGGCCGCCGGGCAACCGCCGCUGGUGCAUCCGUUCUUCUACUACUCUCCUCCGCCGCCGUUCGCACCUCCUCUCACCGGCCCGCCGCCGACGCCGACGCCGUGCAACUGCGCGCAGAUGCCGCCGCCCACGGCUGCUUGCAACUGUGGGAGGAUGCCGCCGCCUGGGAUCGACCGCCGCAGCCCGCCGGCCGGGCGCCACGGGCUCCAUUCCGGGUCCCACGCACAGACCGGAGUGCAGCUCCACCCCCGGAUGCUCUGCGCUGUCGCCGCCGCGCUCCUUCUACGGUGGCGCUAGUCACUCGCCGCUGUGCCACUCAGAUCUGUACGUGUGUGCUACUGUGCUAUGCCAUUACUGCUUGCAUGCUUACCCGGGACAGGGGAAUUUCAUCAAUUUUCUGCGAGUUUAUUUCAAACAAGUUCUUGCAGUGCACCUAGAAAUUCCGGUGGGCUCGAUUAAUCUCUCUGGCCAUAUGUAUGGAUUCGGUUGUUGCAAUCCGUAUUAGAUGGAAGUUGAUGACUGGAGAGGGUGUUGAUGGCAUGCAUGAUCUGUAUCAACUUUGUGUUUGUAUAAAAGGUGGCCUGCAUUUACUUCUCAUGCAAAUGCACGGUUACAACAAAUUGUUUGCCUAUUUUCCGUUUGUAUGAAGAACACCACUGGACCACCCGGCCGCGACGGCGUCGUGUCGGCGGAUGGAUCCGCGCGAGACGCUUGGCGGAAGCUUGGGACUUGCUCUGGUUGUUACUUUACUGCUGUAUAUCAGAUUAUCAGUAUCGAUGUGUUCUUGAUGUGUCUGUAUAAUGUACUGUUAAGAGUUAAAAGACUACCAGUUAAGACUGUAAUUCAUGUUAAAUCUUCGCCGAAGGUGGUGGAAUUAAGCAGAGGUGUACUGGCCUUUUCUUUCUAAACCGUGACACAGUGUGCCUUGCCGAGUGAAUGAAUGAAAUAUCUGAUUCAGGCCAGGCACUGCUUGAACGUGCGGCUCCCAUCGGUCCAUCUCGUAUCGAUAAGGUGUCUACAGGGAAGCGGCUAAAAGCUGCUCUCCUCCUCCUCCCCCUCCUCCCUUCUCCACCUCACCGACUACCACCCAUGGCUCAGCUCAUCCCUCUCUCCUCCGCUGCACCCAGCUUCCGUCUCGCCGCGAAGCCAGGCAAUGGCGUCCCCCGCUUGUCCGUGACGUCCACCCGCUCCGCUGCUCGUGUGAGCAGGAGGAGCGUGAGGCUCAAGUCCCUGAGCAUCAGGUGCGAGCAGGGAUCGAAGAGCGGCCCGGGGCUGGACGUGUGGCUCAGCCGCGGCGCCAUGAUCGGCUUCAUCGGGGCGGUCGGGGUUGAGCUCACCACCGGCAAAGGCGUGCUUCAGAACGUAGGGCUGAUGGCGCCGCUGCCGGCGUUGGCGCUGGGGCUCACCGGAGUGGUUGGGGUCGUCACAGCGUUUAUCAUCUUCCAGUCUGGAUCGUCGGACUGAUCAAUCACUCUAUGUUAAUUUUUGCUGAUAUGAGAAAGGAAAAAAAUAUAUCUCAAGUUGUCUUU